AUCGAAAUGCAAUCACAGAUAUUCUUAAUAUUCAUUGCUAUGCACUAUUUCAAUCCGGUGCAAAGUUAUGGAUGUGGAUGUCGAGCGUGUGUACCAUGUCAAGUGUGUACCCCAUGUAUGCCAUGCCUUCCGCCACCCUGCCCACUUCCUGAAAUAAGGGUUUGCCCUCCGCUCCCACCACCCUGUCCUCCACCCCGCAUCUGCCCUCCAGCCAUUUGUCCUCCACCCGUCAUAUGUCCCCCUCCCCCUCCACCACCACCUCCAAGAAUAUGUCCUCCUGUAUUACCUCCGGCUCCUUGUCCGUAUUAUUUUAUGCAACAAAAUGCUUUAAUCGGAUUUUCCAGCUUAAUUAAUCAUAUUUUUUCCCACUUUCAGAUGCCGUUUACUCCUUUUCAGAUGCCGUUUAUUCCUUUUCAGAUGCCGUUGAUUCCUCCGCCCCGACCCAUGCCAAUAGUCCGUGCAUUACCCGUCUAUAUGGCAGUGCCACUACCUCAAAACGACUGCUGUUGCUUCUGUGCAUCACCGUGUCAGUUCCGUGCACGCGCACGAGCCAUGCACGGAGCACGUAUUUUUGGUGCUGAGAAUUCGGUGGCUGAUGAAGAUCCAUCUUGCAAUAAUCACCAGCUGAAAGAUAUCAUGCUCAAGAAUAUCGACACAGACCCGAGCACAUCGAAACGAGCCAUUCAAGGUGCGGCCGAAAAGGAAUUGUCGGGGAAAUUCAACGUGAUUUGCGCGAAUGGCGACUUUUCCUACGUGGCCUAUACUGAGUCGUUUUGUCAAACAGCCAAGGAAAAUAUCACCUGUUACGCAUUCAAAUCACCUGGAACCGACACCAGUGAUGAUCACAACGAUGAUCAAAAAUAA